UCAAAUAAAAUUCCACUUCGUCCGCAGCUCACGAGGACCUGAACCAAUGAGUCAACAGGUCGUCAGUGAAACUGGGCUGAACGACAGAAAAGAGGGACUUGAAGUACGCGCGUAAUGACAGUUAUACUGGCUCCUCGCGAAUUUAGGACUAAAAAGAUGUGGAAACUGCACGUGCCUUUGAGGUGAAUUUUAAACCAGCUCUCCAUCUCUCAAUUUACCAUGGAGAACCAUAACCUGAGUUCAUUCUGCACACCUUUCGUGAACGAUAACUUCCAAGAGGUCUCUGUGCGUUUCCAAAGAACUUUUCACUUUUCUAACGACUCUUAAGACAUGUCGUGUUUCAGUGAAGUCUCUUAAUUGUACACAUUUGAGAGACGCUUCCCAGUAACAAUUAGAUAUGCAGAGCCGUGGCGUGGUGAAAAGCCGGGCCGGUCUGUCCGCGAUGCGCUCCUGUUUGCUGCUGCUCUUCAUCCACAUGAGCGCACCGGUGGAGGCGAGGAGAGUACACGGCGCUCGGGCGCAGAGUCGGCGGGUGCAGCAGCAGCAGCAGCCUCCGGCACACAGGGAGCGGGUGGAAGGAGAAGAGAGCUUCCCGUUAGACUUUACAGCCGUGGAGGGCAACAUGGACAACUUCAUGGUACAGAUAAAGAACUUAGCGCAGUCACUGUACCCGUGCUCUGCGCAGAAGCUGGAUCAAGACAUGAAGUUGCACUUUUUGAAGAAUGUAUCUGUGACUUGCAAUGACGGUUCAGCAGCAGGAUACUACAUCAAGGAGUCUAAAGGCAGCAAGAGGUGGCUGCUGUUCUUAGAAGGUGGAUGGUACUGUUUCAACAGGCAGACCUGUGACAGCAGGUAUGAGACGAUGAGGAGACUGAUGAGCUCCACCAAGUGGCCACAAACCAAAACAGGAACAGGAAUCCUGUCUCCUCAGCCAGAGGAAAACCCUCACUGGUGGAACGCCAACAUGGUCUUCAUCCCGUACUGCUCCAGUGAUGUGUGGAGCGGCGCCAUACCAAAGACAGAUCACAGUGAUUAUGCGUUCAUGGGCUCUCUGAUUAUUAAGGAGGUGGUGAACGAGCUGCUGACAAAAGGACUGGACAACGCCAAGGUUCUGCUUCUGGCAGGAAGCAGUGCGGGCGGUACAGGUGUCCUGCUGAACGUGGACCACGUUGCAGAGCAGCUGGAGUCGCAGGGCCACCGAGGGGUGCAGGUCAGGGGCCUGGCUGACUCCGGAUGGUUCCUGGACAACAAACAGUACAAAUUAACAGACUGCCUGGACACCAUCAGCUGUGCCCCCACUGAGGCCAUAAAGAGAGGCAUCAGGUACUGGGGCGGUCUGGUGCCAGAGAGCUGCAGACAGGCUCAUGUGGGAGAGGAAUGGAACUGUUUCUUUGGAUAUAAAGUCUUCCCCAUGUUAAAAAGCCCGGUGUUUGUGGUGCAAUGGCUGUUUGAUGAGGCCCAGCUGACGGCCGACAACAUCCACCUGACCGGGCAGCCCAUCCACGAGGGCCAGUGGAGGUACAUACAGAACCUGGGACAGGAGCUGAGGAGUACGCUACGUGACGUACCGGCGAUGUUUGCUCCGGCCUGUCUGACACAUGAACUCAUUACUAGAACCUACUGGAUGGACAUUCAGGUGAAAGGCACCUCUCUGCCCAGAGCCCUCCACUGCUGGGACCGCAGCCUCCAAGCCAACAACCACAUCAACGGCAGCAACCACAACCACCAAAAGCACAAUACCCAGCCUAUGAGGGGUUGCCCUCUACAUUUGAUUGACAGCUGCCCAUGGCCACACUGUAAUCCCUCCUGCCCGACUAUUCGGGACCAGCUGACGGGACAGGAGAUGAGCGUGAUCCAGUUCCUGAAGCACUUGGGCUUUGACGUGCAGAAGAUGGCCCAGCAGCAGGGGAUGGACCCCAGGAAACUACUGGGCAUGCUCAAUAACGGGAGCUGAGUGGCUUUUUUUUUUUAAAGCGCAGCAAUGUUAGCGUAGCAUCAGUAAGCCAUUCUUCAGAGAUAAGAAGAUGUUAAACAUCGAUGGAAGACAACAAGAUAACACGAAAACAGAACUCUAAUGAGAAAACGGUGAAUACUUCCAAACAUUGUCUUCCAUCAAUAACAACCAAGACUCAGCUUUUGAAAAACUGAACGACUCAAAAAUGUACAAGUGCCUGAUAAGUUUUGAAGAUAUUGUUACGUGAAAUACAAUCAAACCAGAACGUUUGAGCUGUUUAAACAACAUGAGAUCACUUGUUUUAACAUAUAGACAGAUACUGUAUAUACUGUAGACAUGCUAUUAUUGUGAGGUGUACACAAAUACAAUGAAAGGUGGGUACAGUGUGUGUGUGUGUAUAUAUAUAUAUAUAUAUAUAUAUAUAUAUAUAUAUACAUACAGUAAAUAUGUACCGUACUAUAUGUAGUGGUAGUCUAAAAUAGAACACCUCCCAGUUUGUUUUGUGGGGAUUUGGUGCUCUCUUCUGUCAUCUCUAACUAUCACAUUCAGAGAUCCGUCUAUAGUGCUGCUGUUUCUACCCUCCACCAAAUGUGCUGCUUUUUCUCAUUUUGGAAAAAUAAUAAUUUAAUGGGUAAUAUUUACUAAUAAAAGGUACAAAGAUUCAGAUUAUUACUUAAAAUUGCUUGUAUAUUUAUUUUUAUACUGAAAAUAUCUUGUAUAUGUCUUAUAGUCAGAUACAG